AUGGCCCUCUUUAGGGCGUCACCUACGCUUGCAAGAUGCUCGUCUCAAAGCCCGUUCUUCUUGAAUCCUCCCGUCACCACUCCGACCUCGACCUUUAUCGGACGAACACGACCCUCUGGUGCCAAUCGCAUCCGACACAAGCACUCAGAUCUUGAACGUGAAAUGUUCUCCAAUGACUCCCGCAAGAUGCCAUUACCACUUCGCAAAAUGUUCUAUAUCACGGUCGGUGCAACAGUAGGCAUGAUGGCCUACCAGACAGUCUCCUUGAGUAUUGGUUCCGACGGCUUCAUGGAAUGUGAACUCGUCGCAAAGGAGUCCGUAUCACCCACGGCCAGCAUAUUCUACCUCGACCCAGACCCGAAUCGGCUGAAGCACCCGAACCGGCUCCAAGAGCUAAUGGCUGCGGACGGGUUCCUCCUCGACUAUCCCAAGAUGGCGAUGAGGACCAACAACGCCAGGAAGCUUAGAGAUGCCUGGAACGAAGGAACUCUGUGGAGUCUCGAGUUCAAGCAGCCCCAAUUGCAGAUCGUGAGGCACUACACGCCACUACCUCCGAGUGCGGUGGACAACGAAGAGAGGAAGGGUUGCGUCAAGUUUCUGAUCCGCGAAGAGGAUCGAGGCGAGAUGUCGUCCUAUCUCCAUAACUUGAAAGUAUCGCGCAGUGACCCAACCCCAGGGGAGCAGAUGUUGUCGGCGCUGAAAGCCAUCGUUACCCUCAGCCCACCGCCCAAGCCGGUGCCGGUCGGUAAGAAAACCGACAGGACGACAGUCGAUGUCAGAGGACCGAACCAUGAUUUUCGACCAGGAAAAGAUGUCCGUCAAAUUGUCUAUUUCGCCGGCGGGACGGGAAUUGCCCCAGCCUUGCAAACUGCUCACGCGUUGCUGGGCAAUCACAAGGUGAAUCGGGCGGUCGAUCCGACAGACCUCGCCACCCGCAAACUACACAUUCUGUGGGCGAAUCGGACACGCAGCGAUUGUCUGGGCGGCCAAAGUGAUCCUGCUCCGGAACUGCCACGUGUUCUGCAGGAGCCUCGUCCUCAGUCUCAAAGAGGGGGGUUCUGGUCCAAGCUGGGGUUUACCACAGAGCCAACGAACGUGCCGGUCGAGCCAACAUCAGCCCCGACGCCUCCAUCAUCGACAAUAGCUGCAACAGCGGACACUUCCAAGCACACCAAUCGCAUCGUCAGAGAGCUCGAAGCCCUGAAAGACAAGUAUCCAGGUCAGGUGACGGUCGAGUAUUUUGUCGAUGGGGAAAACACUUGGAUCGACAAGAACACUGUAUCAAAGGCUUUGGGCCGAUUAAAAGACGGAGAGAUCCGUGAUAUCCAGAAUUCCGUGUCUCCCGGCCAGCGUCAAGUAAUGGUCUCGGGUCCGCCGGGCUUCAUCGCCUACUUGGCGGGUCCAAAGGUAUGGAUCGACGGAUGGGAACAACAAGGUCCCCUUGGAGGUCUCAUCGCGCGAGAGCUUUCCAGUGCGCCGCAGAAUGCAAAGGUCGUCAAGAUCUGA